CCCUUCUCCCUCGUGCCAACUUUGAUCUGCUUGGAUCGUCCGAGCAUUUCGAGGCUUUCCGACGAGCCCGACGCUCUUGGGCAUUCGCGAGUUUCCCACGGACCAUCACAGCGGAACGGACGCCUCUCCCGUUUCGCAUAAAGAAGACCUCUCCUCCUGGAAGAGACUCCACUUCUCUGCCCGUUGUGCUGCCUCGUCCUGAUCUCUCCCGCUGACGAAAAAUGGUCGUACUCCGCGCCUUCACUGCCUGCAGGGCGACAUCGGAAAGGGCUCAAGCCGUGCGCUCCCUUCCUGUACUGCAUCGUCCCAUCGCACAAAGUCGACGCUACGCCACCCCAACCCCAACACCCCCAACAAAGACAUUCGCAAACCAGUCCAAGAUCCCCAGGCUUCCAGUCCCCACUCUCGAUAACCUGUCCAAAAAGUUUCUCGCAAGCUGUGAGCCCCUGCUGAACCAGGAGCAGUUGGAAAGGACGACUAAGAUUGUUGAACAGUUUGUCUCGAACGAGGGGCUCGGGCCAAAAUUGCAAGAGCUGUUGACUAGAUAUGAGACGGAGCAGAAGAACUCAUGGCUGGAGGACAUUUGGUUGAAAAAGGCGUACUUGGAGUGGCGCGAGCCCAGCAUGAUCAACGUGAACUGGUGGGGACAGUUCAAAGACCACCCAAGGCAUCCCAAAGACCUCCUCCGCAAGCCGCCACCAAAAGGCGUCCUGUCAACCUUCCAAAUCCAGCGUGCCGCCGGUCUGAUCAGCAAUAUGCUGAACUUCAAGGACCUGGUGGACACCGAGCGCCUGCCCGCAGAGUACAUGAAGGACAAACCCCUCGACAUGAACCAGUACAAGAGCCAAUUCGGCGCCACCCGCAUCCCCAAGAAGGGCUGCGACGAGAUCCGCACAGUAUGGCCAGCGCGCUCCCGCCACAUCAUCGUCCUGACCCGCGAUCAGGUCUACAGAGUCGAGGUCAUCCGCGCAGACAACACCCGCGUGCCUUUGAAAGAACUGGAGCGCCUUCUGUUCGCUGUUGGACAAGACAGCCUGCACACGGAGCUCGAGCCCUCGGUCGGGUUCUUCACCGGGGCGCACCGUGACACCUGGGCUGAGGCGCACGAGAAGCUGCGGUGGUUGAGCGCUAGCAAUGCGGAGAACUUGGAGAUCAUCGAUCAGGCGUUGUUUGCUGUGUGCCUGGACAAUCAUUCCUUGUCGAAGAACAUCGAUGUGUCGCAUCGGCAGGUGUUCCAUAAUGAUGGACGGAAUAGGUGGUUUGACAAGGCUAUGCAGUUGGUGGUCGCGUCGAAUGGACGCGCGGGUGUGAAUGGCGAGCACACACCCGCCGACGCCGUGAUCCCCGGAAAAGUCUUCGACUACAUCCUGUCCAACGAACCCGCCGUCGACCCACCAAACUCGGAAGGCACCAGCCUUCCUCCACCCCAGAAACUGAAAUGGGUCAUUAACGACGAGCUGCAGACUCUCCUCGACAAGGCUCGCGCUGAGGGCAAGGCUUUGAUCGAUGAUACCGAGAGCUGUCUGUUGCAGACGGAUGUUUAUGGGGCUCGGUAUAUCAAGGAAGUUGGUCAAGCAAGCCCAGACGCCUACGUCCAGCUCGCCCUACAACUCGCCUGGAGGCGGUACCCGAAUGCCAACGGGCAGCCCAGCGACCCGACAGCGGUGUACGAGUCUGCGUCGACGCGGUUGUUCCUGCAUGGCCGCACGGAGACGGGCCGCAGCUUGACGAGCGAUACGUGGAAGUUUGUGGAGAGCUUUGAUAACGAUGAUGUUUUGUACGAAACAAAACGCACCCUCUUCACCCGCGCCAUCGCCUCCCAAUCCGCGUACAUGCGCGAUGCCGCCUUCGGCAAAGGCAUCGACCGCCACUUCACGGCCCUCCGCUACCUCCUCGAGCACGCGCCGACUAUCCUCACCCAAAAACAAUCCCUCCUCCAAUCCGCAAAAGACCCCGUCAUCAUAACCGACCUGAAAUCCCACAUCAAGACUCUGGAAUCCGUCAUCGAGCUCUCGCAGGACCCUACCCAGGUCCAACUGUUCGACGCCAAAACGGACCCGGCGGGGUUCUGGAAAUCCCAACACUGGAAGCUGUCGACGAGCAACAUGUCACCGGGGCGCUACUUCUACGGCGGCUUCGGGACCGUCUACCCCGACGGGUACGGGAUCAACUACGCGAUCGACACCGACACGCUCAAGUUCUCCAUCUCCGCCAAGAAAUCCUGCACCACCACCAACCCCUUCACGUUCCGCGAUACGUUGGAGAGGACGUUGAAGGAUAUGAUGAUACUGUUCCCGAAGCGGUCGGAGGUGUGGGGGAAGGGGUGGAAGGAGGAACGGGAGCGGGAGGGCAGGGAGAGGGCGUAUUUGGGGAUCAUGAAGGGGUUGAGUGACGGGUAUGUGGGGAGGAAGGAGGUGUUGGAGAGGAAGUAUAAGCCGAAGGCGCCGGAGGGGAAGGAGGAGUAGGGGGGAUACGGCCCACGGGUCUAGAUACCGCACAUGCGCACGAAGGGACGGAGUGCCGGACCAGGAUGUCUCCAUUAGAUGAAGCCGUUUCGAAAUAUAUUUUUUUUUUCUCAUAAAAACUUAUAAUUAAUUGAAAAAGGUGUCCGUUUUUGAACCGCGGGUCAGGUGAGUUGUGGUUGUUGGGUGCGGUGGGUGCGGCUGCGGGUGUGAUGGGGCCUGGGGAAAACACACAGACGGAAGCGUCUCUUUCGCAAUUGCGGGGGCCCCACCUCCAGUUCUGAACCAGACUAGGGUAGC